GAGCAGGUACCCGCUCCUGCACCUGUUUCUUUUGCACCUGACGUGCAGCUGCUCCUACCCACCUCUCCUGGCUGAGCCUGGCCUGCGCGGCACCCUGGAGGCAUCCUCUCCUCCCCCAGCCUCACCCUCCCAGGGCAGCUCCUCCACUCAGCUCCUUCUCUAGGGAAGGUCUCGCCUCCAGUCCGGAGCAGUCAGAAUUACAGCAGAAAGUCUCCCCUCGACUCAGGGAGCGUCAUGACUGAAGUUGGUUGGUGGAAGUUGACCUUCCUCCGGAAAAAGAAAUCCAGUCCCAAGGUGCUGUACGAGAUCCCUGACACCUAUGCCCAAACGGAGGGAGGCACAGAGACUCCGAGGCCCGAUACUGGAGGCCCCAACAGCGACUUUAACACUCGUCUGGAGAAGAUUGUGGAUAAGAACACAAAGGGCAAGCACGUCAAAGUCUCCAAUUCGGGUCGUUUCAAGGAGAAGAAAAAAGUCCGGGCCAUGCUGGCGGAGAACCCCAGCCUCUUUGAUGACCAGGAGAACAAAGGACAGUGAGAGGGGCCCAGGAGGAUGCUAGCAUCUCCCUGCUCCUUGCCAUCAGCCGGAUCUGAGACAGGAGCUUGCCACGCUGGCCUCUGGUCAUAGCUGAAGCCUUAGGGACAGUUGUUGCCUGCUGGCAGGAAACGUCUGGGUUUUAAGUUUGUGUUUCUGUGCCCCAGCUUUGUGUAAGGCCUGGGAGACCCCAGGCUCCCCUCCUCCUCCCCUGACCACAUACAAUGGCACUCUUGAAUGAGGAGGAAAACUCCCACCCUGGAAGCACAGCCCUCCUUGGAGGUGAGCAAGGGGAGUAGAGAGGAGGAGUGGCAGACUCCACCUCCCCUGUGAACACAGGGUCAAGGGUGAGUUUGAAUUGCUGCUCCCUCUACUUUCUCUACUUGUAACUGUUCCCUGGACCAAUCCUAGGAAAGCACAUUUUCCAGAAGCCACAGCCACGUGACUGGGGGAGGGGAUGGUUUCCUUGGUGCCAGAGGCGGAGAUGUUGAACUUGAGCUCACCUCUUAACACAAGUGGUAAACUUCCUGGAACUUUGCCCCCAGGUGUGGAGUAGCCGAGGACCCAGUCACUCCCUGGGAGAGCUGCAGAAGGCCCGACCAGUGACUCCCCAGGUUUCUGUGUAGCCACUUGUGCAGAGACCCUCAAAGGGAAGCCUCACCAGCCAAGGAGCCAAACUGGUGGUGUGGGUGGGAAAGCUCUGGUAGGAACUAAAAGCAGCCAGUUUUCUCCUCUCCUCCUCCGAUAGUAUUUAAGAUAUGAAUCAUGGAGCUUUGAAUUUUGUUUAAAAAGUAAUUGAAGGUUUCUCUUUGUGAUAAACAAUUCUGUAAAAGCAGAGAGUCUAUUUAUGCUCUUAUCUUGCAUUUAUGGAGAUGUGUGUUUUUUAUGUGCUCAAACUGUUUCUUAGAGCUUCAGGAAGUGUCCUCAGGUGUGUGAGCAUACAGGAUCUUGUUGAUAAUUCCACCAUCCAACUAGGCUUAGUAUGGAGGGAGACAGGAAGGAGCUAGUUAUACACACUUCAAUGGUUGGUUCCUUCUGGGCAACAGAGAGGCCAUAAAAGUGGGCCAGAACUUUAGUGACUGAUCCUAAAGUCUCUGUGUGGUUUGGGAUCAGGAUUCAAAUGCUGGCUCCCCUCUACUUAGUAGUUGGGUGACCUUGGGAACAUUUUCUCAAAGACUACUCUGAGCUUCAGUUCCCUCUUCUGUGAAAGGGGUUGUAGUAGCACCUAUUCAUAGGGAGUGGUCUGUAUGAAAUGGCCCAUAAGGGGUCCCAUACUAGGUGCUCAGUUAAAUGUUGGUUUCCCUCUUUUUUUCUUUAUUACAG